AUGAGCACCGACGACAUGUUUUCGGCGCACAGCGCCUUUGCGACCGACUGGCUCGCGCAGAGCGACCCGCGCGCGUUUGACGGCUCCGCCUCGGGCCCCGACUCGUCGUCGUUCGACCACCAAGACUCGCUCGGGUUCCUCACGGGCAACGCGUUCGGCGGCUUUGACGGUCUCGCAGGCGGUGGUGGGACCAAGGGCACGGGCAUGCUCACGCAGGACGAGCUCGCGCGGGCCCUGAUGGGCGGAAUCGACGGCGGCGGCGGCGGCGGGGCGGCGAGGCUGGGCGACCUCUCGAGCGCGGGCACGUCGACCACCGGCGCGAGGUCCGACGCCGGCAGCUCGCCGUACAGCUCGAGCAUGAGCCAGUACGGCGGCGCGCACCACCCGUCGUCGUCGUCGUCGGCCCAGUUCGACUUUGCCGCCGAGUCGGCCGCGCUCGCCAACUCGCCGCCGUUCUCGCUCCCGCACAACCUGUCGUGCGACUUUGACACGGCGGCCCUCCAGAGCCUGUUCACCAACUCGUCGCCGACGACGACGGCCGGACCUGGCAUCAACGCGCACCUGUCGCCGUACCCGUCCGCACCGACCUACCCGCCCCUCCAGACCCGCUCGCCGGCAUCGAGCGUCUCGCCCUACGCCGCCUCGGUCUCGACCUUCCCCCAGCACCAUCAGCAGCAGCCGCAGCCGAUCGACAUCCGCGGCAUGUCGGGCUUCAACCCGGCGCAGCUGUUCGCCCCCGCGUCGGCGGCCGCCUCGGGCGCGUCGCCCUCGGCGCCUCGCCUCUCGGUCGACUACACGUCGCCCCUGUCGACCUUCUCGUCCUUCUCGCCUCCUGGCGCCGCCCAGGCGCCCGUCGCCGUCGCGCCACAGCCGCACGCGCACGCGCAGCACCACCACCAGCCGCUCGCGCAGCAGCAGCAGCAGCAGCAGCCCGCCUUCACGUCGCUCGCCGCGACGGCCGGCAUCGCCGUCCCGUCCCUGCACGCGGGUCCGAGCGCCCAGUCGGGCCUGUACGGCUUCUCGGGCGCCGCGCACGACCCGUCGACCCUCGGCGGCGCCGCGCGCGGUCGCACGACGCGCACCCGGACGCAGGCGCCGGUCGGCGAGGCGGGCACGACCGAGAGCGAGCAGAGGGGACGCAGCCCGAUGGAGGUCAUCGCCAAUGCGGGCCUGCAGAGCGCCAUGCACCCAGCUCCUCUUCUUCAGCUCAACCCGGACGUCAACUUGCCGGGCCUGAACCGCAACUCGGCGCGCAAGAGCGAGGACGGCGAGGCCGAGCACGAGCAGAAGCCGGCGGCGGGCAAGGGCGGCAAGAAGGGCAAGAAGGUGGACCGCGGGCACAACGCCGUCGAGCAGAAGUACCGCAACAGCAUCAACAACGCUCUCGCCUCGCUGCGCGACACGAUCCCGGCGCUGCAUCACCUCAAGCCGCUCCCGUCGAUGCCCGUCUCGAAGCGCAAAGCGUCGCAGUUCACGCUCGCCUCGGCCGCCAUCCCCGAAACCCCAACCGGCCUCGUCGACGGCGUCACCCCGGCCAAGACGCUGUCCAAGGGCGUCAUCCUCAACAAGGCCAACGAGUACAUCGACUACCUGCGCUUUGCGCGCGAGAGCCGCGACGCCGACAUCGAGCUCCUCAAGACCAUGGUCCGCGACAUGGUCGGCGGCGGCGACGCGCUCGUCGCCGAGUUUGAGCGCCGCCGCGAGGUCCUCGAGGUGACGCGCGCCGAGGAGCGCGAGCAGCGUGCGCGGGACGAGCAGGACGAGGACGGCUCGGGCGGCGACGAGGAGGACGACGAGGACGAGGCGCCGGCGCCGGCGGCCAAGGCGCCCAAGGCCGCCCUGACGGCGGGCACCAAGCGCGGCCGCAAGGCGGAUGCGCCCUCUGCGGCUGCCGCACCGGCCAAGAAGGCUCGCGGGCGCGGCGGUGCCCCCGUCGCGAGCUCGGCGUCGGGCCUGUCGCCGCCGCUCACGGAAGAGUACCGCCACGUCCAUGCGCACAACCAGGCCCACCUCGACUCGCUCGCCGGCCGCGCGCAGAACGUCUUCCCGCCGUCGCCCGUCUCGUCGGGCGACGAGCUGUCGGUCUCGCCCGGCGCCGUCAUGGGCCAGCACGGCGCGGCGUCGGCCAACGGCCGGGUCCUCCUCGCGUCGUUUAUGGGCGUCAGCUUUGCCGGCGGCCUCGGGUACGACCUCGUCGGCUCGGCUGUCGUCGCCGAGGAGUCGAUCGGCGCUGCGGCGGCGCGCGUCCUCACCGGGAGGAUCGUGCGCCGCUCGGGCGCCGGCAACGCGACCGACUUCCCGCUCGAGGUCACGCUCGCCGACCGCCUGCACCCGUCGCUCGUCAGCGGCCUCGUCGCGCUCGGCGCAGCCACCUUCCUCGCCACCGUCGUCUACCUCGUCCUCCCCCUCUUCUCUCCCCGCUCGUCGCCGCCGGCCGCCGCCGGGCCCUCACCUCGAGCCCGCCGUCGCGCCCAGGCGGUCGCAGCCCUGACGGCGCUCUCGACCACGUCCGCCACCGCCGACAGCUCGUACGCGAGUGGCCGGGCGUCGGCGCUCGCAGCGCGCCGCGAGCUCCUCCGCAUCGUCGACGCGCCCGGGCCACUCGGCCUGCCCGUCGCGCUCGCCAAGGAGGCCCUCGUGUGGGUCGCGAGGAGGGUCACGGGCCUGACGUGGUCGAAGGACGGAGCGGGUCCGAGCGAGGAGGACGUCGAGGAGGCUGUUGCCUGGGUCCGCGUCGCCGAGAUCGAGGCGACCGUCGGUGAUCGUCUCGCCCGUCCUGCGCGCCUCUACACCUUCCUCCGCCUGUGCAACCUCUCGCGCUCGCCCGCCUGGCCGCAAGUCUCGCCCUCGACGACGCACUCGGCCGUCGACGCCCUCCUCGCCAUCCACCUCCUCUCGCUCGGCCACGCCCGCUGGGCCGAGGCGCGCUGGCAGCGCAUGGCGGCGCGCCGCAAGAAGGUUGACGCGCCCGAGGGCGACUCGUUCGUCGACCUCGCGCUCGCGAGCGAGUGGGCCACCGUCGCCGGCCUGCUCGCGCCCGAGUCGAGGUCCGUCAAGCAGGCCGACGAGGCGUCGGCGUCGAGCGACACGGUGCCGCUCCUCGUCGUCGCCGAGGACGCGUGCCACGACGCGAUGAAGGACGCGUGGUCGACCAUCUUUGUCGCCGUCGCAGGCUCGACCGCGUCGUCGUCGUCGUCGCCGCCGACAGCAGAGGCUGCCGCAGAGUCGCUCGCCAGCCUAGCCGACGCCGAUGAGACGGCCGGCGUCGUGUACCGGGCCAUGCCCGAGGGCACGGACCUCCGCAACCUCGCCCUUGUCACCAAGGUCUUCCUGUCGUGCUACCGCGCCGGCACCUACCCGUCGACAUCGUCGUCAUUGCCGUCGUCGUCGCCCUCGUCGACGGCAGGUGACCUCGCCGAGGCGCGCACGCUCCUCGCGCAGCUCGUCCUCGGGUCCAAGGACGCGCUCUCGCGCCUCGCAUGCGCCGCGCCCCUCCUCCGCCUAAUCGCGCCCGCCCUCACCGGCCCCAUCAGCACCGCCCUGUCGACGUUCCUCACCUCGCCGACCGAGCACCCCUCGUCUGACGUCGACCUCCUCGCGACCGUCACCCUCUCGUGGCUCCUCGUCCGCCGCCAGGGCGCCUACGUCGAGCCGACGACCUCGAGCGGCGACAACGACGACGUCAAGGUCGCACUCAAGCCGAACCCGGCCCUGCACGCCGAGACGCUCUCGCUCCGCCGCCUCCUCGGCAGCGACCUCUUCCAGGCGCGCGAGCACGAGCACGACGCCGACGAGCUUGUCGAGGACGACGAGGUCGUGAGCCGCGUCGAGGACGCCAAGGAGCUCCUCGUUGACGCCCUGACGGGCAUCUCGCGGCGGGCGGCCGGCCUCGCGAGCAUGCUCGACGAGGACUCGGGCGUCGAGCUCGAGGCGUUCGUCUCGACCAUCGUCCUGCUCACGCUCCUGCUCCUGCUCCUCGUCGUCCUCCACUUCUUGCUGCUCGUUCUGCGAGAAGGACGGGUGCAGCUCCUCGAGCGCCGCUGCUGUUGGGCGCUCCGAAAGGCCGACCACGAGCGGCGAGGUCGGGUCGGGCCUGAGCGCGCGGUUCAUGAGGCGCUCAAAGAGGGCGAGCGUGUCUGCGCGCGCGAGAUCGGGUUACUCGGCGCAGGCCCGGUCGAGGCCGGUCCUCGGCGCUCGCCCGACCCACGCGCUGAAGAGACGCUGCGUGUCGACGACUCGAGCGACGCGCUCGUCGGCCGAGAGUGGCUCGAGCAUGCGCAGGUUCGUGUGAAAGUCGCGUGCCGUGUCGAACCCGAGCAGGUCGAGUGCGCGCAGGUCGCCGCGAGGGUCGUGGAAGAUGAGGAAGAGCUGCUUCUGGUACGACAGGGUGUGGAUGACGGCGGCGAGCGUGUGUGA